UAUCGAAUUACAUUAAAAUGUUAGAGUAAAACGAUUUUUUUUAUGUAACAAAAUUGCUUUUAUUUUUGGACUCUGAUUUGCAAAAGUUAUGAAUCAACGAGGGCAAGAAGUAUAAAUAAGUAUAUCUUGAUAUACCAUAUAAAUGUAACUUUAAAAAUAAUAUAAAUGAAACUUUAAAGAUCAAGAUGGCAACUGAAUUGCAGGACUGGAGAAAAAAUAUUUUAGAGCAACUUGAAAAAAGGAAGAUCAAAGAAGCAAAUCCUUUCCAAGAAUUAAUAAAUUCGCAUGGAGAAUUACUACGAGGCUUCAGUGUUUACAAAUUAAGAAAUUCUGAACUUGAGUUGCAAACAUACCAACUUAAACAGGAAAUUCUGGAGUUGCAAGGAAGAAUUGCUGUUGGAGGUAAUGGUUCAUUUAACAGUGAUAAAGAGUUGAAAAUAUAUAAACUUCAAGAGGAGUUAACAGAAUUGCACCGAACAAAAGGAGAGCAUGCUCAAAAAAUAAUUCAACUAACCAUCGAUUUAAAAGCAAAAGAUGAUUUAAUUCUACAAAAAGAUUUAAUUAUUCGAGAAAAUCAAAAUCAAAUGGAUAGUGUUCUUUCAGAAAAUGGACGGCUAAAUUCACUAAUUGCUGACUUGGAUGCUGCUAACCAGGCAAUUAAGGAUGAGCACCAGGCUCUUCAAAUGCUUUGCAAUUCAACAGAAGAAAAGUAUAAAAAUCUUCAGUUUGAAUACCAAGAGUUGGUACAAAGGUGUAUGCAUCAAAAAGCAUUAGAAGCAGAUCUUCUUAACAUGCAAAAUGAAGUUUUGGCUAGUAGGAGGCAACAAAAGCUUCAACAAGAAUUGAUCGAUGCAGCAAACGAACCUAUUUUUCUACCACCUGUAUCACUAAGCCCUGAGAAUGGAAAGAGAUCUUCAAGCUAUUCUAGCCUAGGAAUGAUCUGCUUAACUUCUGUCCCAGAUCGACCCACACAAUCAACAGAGAAAAAUUUGGAAAAAGGAUAUCAAACUUUCUGGUUUUAUUCUACUUUGCAGGAGUGCCAUGAAGGAGAAGUCAUGACAGUGCGUUUUAGUCCUUCUGGAAAAUACUUUGUAACAGGUGGUUCAGAUCGAAAAGUUAAAAUCUGGGAAAUAGAUGGAAGAGGUGCAUUUAAGGAGUUAGCAACUUUAACUGGUUGUCGACAAUCUGUAACUUGUACAAGAUUUGAUCUUUUGGAAAAAUUGAUCUUGGCUUCGUCAAAUGAUAAUGCUUGUUGGAUAUGGAGUAUAAAUGAUUUAAGAUUACGACAUACUUUGACAGGACACAGCAAUAAAGUAAUGACAGCAAAGUUUCUUGGAACAGAUUCGAGCAAAAUAGCGUCUGGAAGUUAUGAUAGAACAAUAAAAGUAUGGGAUUUAAGAAGCAAAGUUUGCACUAAAACAAUCUUUGCAGGAUCCAGUUGUAAUGAUCUUGUUACAUCAGACAUUGCAGGGACUACUAUCAUUAGUGGCCAUUUUGAUAAAAAAAUUCGCUUCUGGGAUAUAAGAUGUGAUCAAAACUCUAAUGAGAUUCAGCUUCAAGGCAAAGUUGCAUCUUUAGACUUGUCCCAAGAUAUGAAUUAUCUUUUGGCUUGCACGCGAGAUGACUCACUAAAACUGAUUGAUUUAAGAAGAAAUCAAAUUGUAUCAACAUACAGAACUGAUGGUUUUAAAGUUGCGUUUGAUUACACUCGUGCUUGUUUUAGCCCGGAUGCUCAAUAUGCUUUAUGUGGGUCACAUGACAACAAUAUUUAUGUAUGGAAUACACGCACAAACCAACUCGAUAAAGUUCUUAAGGAACAUAAGAGCGCUGUUAUUGCAACAGCAUGGCAUCCGCAUGGAUCUAGUAUUUUAUCAAGCGACAAAAAUAAGCACGUUAUUUUGUGGAAUGACUUUUGAAAGUGAUUUUCAAAUACGGUUUGGAGUGCUUUGAGAAUCCAAAAGCAACGUUGUCAGUUAAAUAGUUCCCGCUUUAGAUCUAAUAUGGCGCACUUUGGUUUAAUAUCAAUGUAGAUUCUUAUUGUUUUUGUGGUGUGCAUCUGCUGGUGUUAAUCGUUUUUGUUAAAACAGUUUUAUAUCUUAAAUACUAUUUCUGUUGGCUAUAUACCCUCAAGUUGUUGCUAUUGACAUCAAUGUGUAUUGUUUGAAUGGAUAUUUAGUAAAUAAAUAGAGUAUAAAUGGUAUUAAAAGUUACCGAGUUUAGCAAAAAAACUAGAAAUUGAAUUACGAUCAGAGAUCGUAAUUAAACUCUUUGUGUAUGAUCAAUAUGAUAAAAAAAAACUUUAAAACUUUUGAAAAGGGCUAGAUAAUUUUUGCUAUUAGUAAAUGUUUUAACUUUUUAUAUUUAGCAAAAAAGUUUUAUAUUAUGUUCGCUAAGCUCAUACAUAAAAUCAAAUUAAUUGGUUGUUAGAAACGUUUACGGUAUGCCAUCUUCAUUAUGUACGAGAGAUUUCACGUAGCUGGCAGAUUAUACGUACGAAUCAGAUUUCUGUAUUUCUUGAAGCCUCAAGAGAAUUUUAUUAAACUUAUUUUUAAUCUUUUUGACAAAUUUUAUGAAUAAUUACUGUUUAAUAUUUUGUAUAUUAGUAUACAGAACUUUUCGUUUUGAUAUUUAUAUAGAGUAUAAUUGUAUGAUAUGAAAUCUCUAAGAAUUAUAUCCAAUUUUGUAUUGAAA